AUGGAUGCAAGGAACCAAGACCUUGUUGCAGCAACUAGGGAGAUGCAAAAGGCAAAUUACUUCACCUUUGUAAUGCUCAUCAACAUGUCUCCAUUUGACACGAGACUCGAGGGGAAUGUGACUUUCUUGAUGCCCAAUGAUCGAAUGCUCGCUAAUAUGGUUUUGCAAGAAGGAUCUGUCUCUCACUUCUUGCUUAGGCAUUCAAUUCCAUCACCUUUGCUCUUUGAAGUCUUGGAACAGUUUCCCACAGAAACAACUAUUCCCACUUCAUUGCCUAAUUGCAUGCUAAGAGUCUCUAAUAAUGGUAGGAGGAACUAUGUUCUAAACAAUGUUAAAGUUAUCAGUCCAGAUUUAUGUGUAGCAGGAACCUCAAUUCGGUGCCAUGGCAUUGAUGGGGUUUUGUCAGAAGUUUGUACAUCAGUAGGAAACUACAGUGUUCCUGCAGUUCCAUGUCUUAAUAGCACGGAACCUCUGUGUAAGGCCUCACCUCCUAAUUCACUUACUUUCCCUCCCACUUCUACUCCUGACAGGGACAACCUUACCCAUUCUCCUACAUUAUCAACCCCUCGUGCAACCGUACCAAAUGUUGUGCCACACAGAUCAGACUCCCCUCAUUGGCUUUCUUAUGGUAGACCAUUGAAUUUUGUAAUCUUUUUUAUGCUGUAUGUUAUAGGUAUGUAUCAUUAA